AUUUAGUCGGAUCAUUCGGUCGUUUUUUCGGAUUGUGCGAUUUUCCGGCAAGAUAAACAGCUUCAUGGCGGUCCCGUUGAAGAAAGGGCUGCAGCUCAAGCAGUGGGUCCUUGGCGAGAAGCUCGGCAGCGGCGCCUGCAGCGAUGUGUACGAAGUCGCACCUCUCAAGGGCAACGGCGGGCAAAGAUAUGCCAUGAAGGUCUCGCCGAUCCCGGCGCCGACAGUGGGCAAGAAGAAGCGCAAAAAGACGCACGCAGACCGCAGCGCCGAUGCGCUCUACGCCGAGCACUUGCUGUACGUCAACAGCCUUGCCGGCCAUGCGGGAAUCCCGACACUGCCAGCCACUGGUGCGUACGGCGAGGACAAAGGAUAUCGCUUCCUCGUGCUCGAGCGACUCGGCCGUACGCUCGAAGACGUCAAGGUGGCGCACGGCCGACUGCCAGAGAUAAGCGUCGCCCGUCUUGGCCUCGAGAUCAUGGCGAUUCUCCAGCACAUUCACUCGAAGCGGCUCCUCUUUGUCGACGUCAAGCCCGAGAACUUUAUGCUCAACACGGCGCCCGAGACGACAGUCUACUGCGUCGACUUUGGCAUCGCCGAGCGCUUCCUUCUCGUCACUGGCGCCCACAAGCCGUUCAAGACGGGCGGUGUCGUCGGGACGCCGACUUUCCUGAGCGUAAACUGCCACGAAGGCAGCACCCCGAGCCGUCGAGACGACAUUGAGGCGCUUCUCUACGUGUGCCUCUACCUCGUGCGCGGGGACCUCCCGUGGCAAGGCGCCGCGUCCGACCAAGACGGCGCGCGGCUCAAGCGAGCGACGGCGCUCCCCGACCUCUGCCGUGGCUUAUCUCCCGAGUGGUCCAAGCUCGUGACGUUGAUCCGAGCGUGUGGCUUUGAAGACGCUCCCGACUAUGCUGCGAUCGAAGACGGCCUCGCACGCAUUUGCGGGUCGACGUCGCGCACGGGCACCUAUGCCUGGGGCGCGCAUACAACAGCAGCAGCCACCACGACAGCCUCCGCCAAGGGCCGCCCGUCGCCCGCCAAGAAGCAGAAAGGACAGACACGCAAGACACCCGUCGUCAUCGACGACGACGACGACGAGUCGUUGGAGGAGGCGCCGGCUCCAGCCAAAGCCAAAGCCAAAGCCAAGGCCAAGCCCACGAAGCGCACGGUGGCGCCAGCCAAACAUUCACCUCCCGCCGUGUCAACGCGUCGUCUGGAGGCCGCGACGCGGGCUGUGGGCGCAGCGGCGGCGGCCAGUGCGGCAUCUGGCAUUGCGACGCGCACACGCUCGUCGGGCCCAAGCGCCAGCUCGAGUGUCGCAUCCUAAGUUCUAAGACCGCUUAUGUCGGCGCGAAUAGCAUGCCUUGCGUGUCUCCUCGAUAAGGGGCAAACGAGCUCGAUGUUGAGAG